UGCAUCCCAUGAGGCUAGAGAGGCUUGUGUCGGAGAGAGGACUAGUCAGCCAGCCAGCCAAAAAAUGAAGGAUGACUCCAUCAGCGAGGAAGAGCUGGGUGGUCUUCUUCCUCUUCUCCAUGGAAGCCCUUCGCAGCAGGACUACGCCUCAUAUACUUGCAAUGGAUCUGUUGAUAUCAGAGGCAAUCCAGCAUCUAAAAACCAUACUGGAAAAUGGAGGGCCUGCUACUCGAUUCUAGGUGGUGAGUUUUGUGGAGCAUUAGCAUACUAUGGAGUUGGGACAAACCUGGUGAGCUACCUCACCAAGAUGCAGCAGCAAAGCAACGUUGUUGCAGCGAGCAAUAUUGCUUUCUGGCAAGGCACCUGCUAUCUUAGUCCCCUUCUUGGAGCAUUCUUGGCAGAUUCAUAUUGGGGAAGACACCGAACAAUCGUUAUUUCUCUUACAACUUUCACAGUUGGAAUGAUUUUACUAACACUUUCUGCAAUUGCUCCAGCAAGCAUUCAUCCAGUUAUGGUUUCCCUUCAGCAUGCCUUGCCUUUUCUGGGCCUAUUCUUGACUGCUCUGGGCUUAGGUGGCAUCUGGCCAUGUGUUCCCACAUUUGGAGCAGAUCAAUUUGAUGAAACCGAUGGGGUAGAGAAGGUACAGAAGGAGAUCUACUACAACUGGUACUACUUUGCCGUCAAUGGUGGUUUCUUCUUCGCAAGCACGGUGCUAGUGUGGGUUCAGGACAACUGCGGUUGGGGGUUGGGUUUUGGGAUCCCUACAUUGUUUUCAGUGAUUGGAAUUGUCGGAUUCCUUGCCAGUAUGAAGCUAUACAGGUAUCAGAAACCGGGAGGAAGCGCGCUUACAAGGAUUUGCCAGGUUGUGGUUGCAACCACUCGCAAGAUUAAUGUUGAUGUGCCAAAUGAUAGCUCCCUUCUGUAUGAAAUUCCGGGAAAGGAAUCAGCAAUUGUGGGGAGCAGGAAACUGAUGCACACUGAUGGACUAAGCUUCUUCGAUCGAGCUGCCACCAUCACUUCCUCUGAUGAAAAGUUUCUUGACUCACCAAUCCCAUGGAAGCUUUGCACCAUUACCCAAGUGGAGGAGCUGAAGAUCUUGGCAAGAAUGCUGCCUGUCCUUUUAGCUGGCAUAAUCUUUAACACAGCGGAAGCAUUCUUCCCGCUGUUCGUUGAACAAGGAGAGGUCAUGGAUAACCGCAUUGAUAGUUUCUCAAUACCUCCUGCCUCUCUUACAACUUUCAACUGCCUUUGCAUUCUCAUCCUGGCCCCAGUGUACAACAAGGUUCUAAUGCCUAUGGUGAGCAGGAUCACUGGUACCAAUCGAGAACUGUCUGAGCUGCAACGCAUCGGUGUUGGUAUGGUUUUCGCAGUGCUAUCAAUGAUUUCAGCUGCAAUAGUUGAGAUGGUGCGUUUGGACAUCGCAAAGAAGAAAGAUCUAGUGCACCAGAGCUGUGCAGUUCCAAUGAACAUCCUGUGGCAGGCACCACAAUACUUCUUUGUAGGUGUGGCAAAGGUGUUUAGCGUGGUCGGUUUCAUCAAAUUCGCGUAUGAGCAGUCACCAGAUGCCAUGAGAAGCUUGUGCCAGGCUUGUUCUCUCAUGAUGGUCACACUUGGGAACUACUUUGUGUCUCUUAUGUUAAAGUUUAUCAAUUCAGUAACAGAAGCCAGUGAGAGCCAUGGAUGGAUCCCCGAGAACCUCAAUGAAGGGCGUCUUGAUCAGUUAUUCUGGUUGAUGGCAGGAUUGCAUCUCUUGAACCUUCUUGCAUUCACUUAUUGUGCCAAUAGGUACACGCGCAAAAUAGUUACAUAAGUUUUGAGCACUUUAGUAGGGUUGCUGAAGUAUUAUGUUAAGUUGUAACAUUUGUGGUACUUGCUAUAACAAAUGUUUUUGGAAAAAAGGUCUAUUUUGAAAUAUUUAAUGGACUAGUGGACAUGGUUUGAAAGUGUAUUCAUGCAU